AUGUUCGGCUUCAGUAGAUUCACAUCUGGUAGUUUUUUUGCAAGUGGAUAUGAUGGUGAUCCCUUAUCAUCCCCAUUUAGUCAUGAGUAUUCUUGCUACCCAGUAAGCUUUGCAGGUCGUGAUGAAUUGGAAGCAGGCAAUAAAAUUCUACUACCACCUUCAGCACUUAAUCAACUAGCAAGACGUAAUAUAUCAUGGCCAAUGCUAUUCAAAGUGCAGAACUCACUGAAACACAAAGUUACCCACUCUGGCGUACUUGAAUUUGUUGCCGAAGAGGGGACAUGUUACAUGCCAUACUGGAUGAUGCAAAAUCUCGAAUUACAGGAGGGAGAUAUUGUAAAUAUCACAAAUACCUCCCUUUCUAAAGGUACUUAUGUUAAGCUGCAACCUUUAAGUAUGGAAUUCCUUGAUAUAACAAACCCAAAAGCUGUACUAGAAACAGCUUUACGUGGCUUUGCAACACUUACUAUAGGUGACACAAUUGUUAUACAAUACAAUGAUGCUUCGUACAAAGUAGAAAUAUUAGAAACAAAGCCUACAAAUGCUAUUUCAAUUAUUGAAACAGAUAUACAAGUUGACUUUGCACCACCACCUGAUUAUGUGGAACCUGGUGUACAGCAAAUAGCUACAACAUCAGACGAGUUUUUGGGAACAAGCAGAGAAACUUUGUUUUCAGGGUAUGGACAGAGGUUAGAUGGGAAGCCUAUAAAGACACAGAAUUCAAUCAAUUCAAUGCCAUCUUCUGCUUCUCUUGCUUCCCAGAAUUCAUAUUUAACAGAUGACAUCAAUGAACCAUGGAAGAAUAGACUUGUAGGUGGAGUUAGGACAUACAGUGAUAAAUAUCAGGAUCUUAUUGAUCGUGGUAUUAUACCAGGUAUAAUUGGAGUGACAUCACGGAAAUGA